AUGACGAACGACCACCAAGGGCCACAUUUGGUGGCAACUUCCCCUAUAUCCUAUGACAAAUACUUCAAUGGCACGCUCGAAAACAACCGACAGCAGACUACACUUACCGAGAAAGUUGAUGAGCGAGUUGUUCAAAUGCGAGAGCAAUGGGAGAAAUCCACGCGCAAAUAUCAAGACGCUUCGAGCGGUUACGCGCAGGUUGCUGUUUUGAUUGUCAAGUGGGCCGACCAUCUGGAUAACCUGAAUUGCAAAGAUGAGGUUGUGAGAAUCAACGGGCUCUUUCGCGACAGCUUUAAUUUCGAAACCAAAAUCGUCGAAUUGGAUAUCAAAAGAAAACCCGACCAUCAGCUUCACAGUGCAAUGAGUCUGUUCAUUGAAGAGUUCGACGGCGCAAAUAAUCUUUUGAUCAUUUACUACACCGGACAUGCUGCUUACAAUGAAGACUCACGCGAACUCGAGUUUUUUGCCUCGGACUCAGAGAAAGAUUUUAUCGAAGAUGCAGCAGAAAUCAAAGCCCGAGCCAAAUGGACAAGCGCGGAAAAGGGUAUUCUGGACGGACCUUUGGAAGCUGACGCAUUGGCUAUUCUGGAUACUUGUUAUGCAAGUAAUGCCGACAGUAAAGGUGAUAAUUUAGGCGGCAGAGCAUAUCAGCUACUUGCCGCAACUGGUUUGGACAAGCAGACAAAUGCUCCAGGGCCGAAGUCAUUCACCACAGCAUUCAUCCAGUCAGCCAAAGAAUGCCUGGAAGAAAAAGGUACCUUCAGCUUAUGGGGAAUUUGUAACCGUAUCAACCGGAGACCCGAAAGGCGGAAUGAGCCGUCACACUUCUACGACCGUAUGAAACACUAUGAUCGACAAAUAUUUCUGACUCCACUCGCAAAAGACAAGACGAAACGGGAAGAAGAAAAGAAAAGGAUCAAUCAGCGCCCCAGUGCCGCAUUCCUAGUGUUGGAGUUUGGUCUCGAAAAGAAGUAUUUAGAUGGAAAAGAGAUCGAGGCCACGGUUAAACACCUUACAGACGCAUACAAGACAUCUAAGCUAGGAACUCAGAAUAUUCGCUGGUUGGGCUACAGGCCCCGGAGGACGUUGAGUCAGACAGUAGGACCUGCCAUGCUAUUGGGAAAAUGGCGCCGACAGACCUUGUCACGCGCCAGCCAAAAGCCAUUGACAUUUGGAAGCCCUGUCAACCAGGCCGAUGAGAGGACUGUAAUAAUGGAAGAGGCAGCGCAAGAUUUACUCAAAGAGAAGGAGAAUGAUGGAACCGGACUCCACGACCAUGAUCGCCAUUUAUUUCACGCGGAAAUCAGUCUUGAGGGACCCUGCGACAAGAUCAUCAACCACACGGCGGACCCUUUCAACAAGCAGUCAGCUCGUCGAAACAGUGCCGCAAACUCCUCCAGUCAACGGUCAACACGUCAGAAUAGUCUGGCGGAACCAGAAAGCCAGCACGUGACUGGCCCGGACGGGCUCAUGAAAGCCAUACCGCCUACUGACGUGAAUCGGCCACUGUCUGAUAAAAUGGUAUAUUUCGGUGUUGUUAUAGCCUUGACCGUCCUAGUUAUAAAAGGAGACCCUGUUGGUUUUGUGGCAGCGGCAUUCUUAUGGCAAACUGUGAAUACGUUGCUGGGAAGGUUGUAUUCUGGGUUUGGUCGGGGUUCUCAUGGUUUUUCGUAG